GGACCUGCUGCCCCAGGUCCCCAGCACCAUGACGGUCUCAUACACGCUCAAAGUGGCAGAAGCCCGUUUCGGAGGCUUCUCUGGCCUGCUGCUCCGAUGGAGGGGCAGCAUCUACAAGCUGCUCUACAAGGAGUUCCUAUUGUUCAUCGCCCUGUAUGCCACGCUCAGCAUCACCUACCGGCUGCUGCUGACCCAGGAACAGAGGCAAGUGUACGCUCAGGUGGCCCGCUACUGCAACCGCUCCGCGGACCUCAUCCCCCUGUCUUUUGUCCUGGGUUUCUACGUGACUCUGGUGGUCAACCGCUGGUGGUCCCAGUACACCAGCAUUCCACUGCCGGACCAGCUGAUGUGCGUCAUCUCGGCCAGCGUGCAUGGCGUGGACGAGCGCGGCCGCCUGCUGCGCCGCACUCUCAUCCGGUAUGCCAACCUGGCGUCGGUGCUGGUGCUGCGCUCAGUCAGUACCCGCGUACUCAAGCGCUUCCCCACCAUGGAGCACGUGGUGGACGCAGGGUUCAUGUCCCAGGAAGAGAGGAAAAAGUUUGAGAGUCUGAAAUCCGACUUCAACAAGUACUGGAUUCCCUGCGUGUGGUUCACCAACCUGGCGGCCCAGGCCCGGAAAGACGGGCGGAUCCGAGAUGACAUUGCUCUCUGCCUUCUUCUGGAAGAGCUGAACAAGUACCGGGCCAAGUGCAGCAUGCUGUUCCACUACGACUGGAUCAGCAUCCCGCUGGUCUACACCCAGGUGGUGACCAUAGCCGUCUACUCCUUCUUUGCCCUGUGUCUGGUUGGCCGCCAGUUUCUGGAGCCGGAGGCAGGGGCAGCCAAACCUCCGGAGCCUCUGGAGCCCGGCCAGGAGGCCGCACCGACCCUGGGAGACCCGGAUAUGUACGUGCCUCUUACCACUCUGCUGCAGUUCUUCUUCUACGCUGGCUGGCUCAAGGUGGCAGAGCAGAUCAUCAACCCCUUUGGUGAAGAUGACGACGACUUUGAAACCAACAAGCUCAUAGACCGCAACUUGCAGGUGUCCCUGCUGUCGGUAGACGACAUGUACCAGAACCUGCCUCCUGCCGAGAAGGACCCAUACUGGGAUGAGGCCCAACCGCAACCCCCCUACACGGUAGCCACGGCGGCAGAAUCCUUGCGGCCCUCCUUCCUGGGCUCCACCUUCAACCUGCGCAUGAGCGACGACCCGGAGCAGAGUCUGCAGGUGGAGCCGUCGCCCGCGCCCGCCCGGCACGCCGCGCAGACGCCGCUGCUCGGCCGCUUCCUGGGUGCAGGUGCGCCCUCCCCCGCCAUCAGCCUCCGCAACUUCGGCCGCGCGCGGGGAGUGCCCCGGACCCCGCACGUGGUGCGCUUCCGGGUGGAAGAGAGCGGGGAUCCAGAGGCAGCGGACCGCAUCGAGGAGGAGGAGGAUGAGCUCGGGGAGGAGGCCCUGGAAGCCUGAGGGUCGCUGUGCCUGC